CACCUGCAUCCCUGCUGCAGUAGGCCUGAUCAUCUACUCCAAAUGGAACCCCCCAAGUGGGGCCCCUUUAUGUUAGCUACUUGCUGGGAAACCAAGAGACUCUGGUAAGGCCCUCAUCCCUCCAGGCCUUCUUCCUGCUCUCCCCCAGCUCCUCUACUGUGUGGGGUCAUUAGCUCCAAAUCAGCUCCUCCCAGACCUCUCUGCUCCAGCCCCACCUCUCCCAGAAGAUAGCAGGGAAGGCGAGACCCUGGGGCCUUCACUUGUGUUUCGGUGAAGAAGUCCAAAGCCUCCUCCUCUCUCCUGAAGAGCUGUCAGACUCCAUCCUUUCACCUCCGAGGUGCCCAGGUGAGUGGAGGAAAGAUGACUCAAACCACGGUGACAGUGAAUGGAGCUGAAGUGGCCUCCACACUGCCCACGUCCCCUCAUGUCAACGUCCACAUCCACCACCACUCGGCUCUGGAGCAGCUGCUGAGAGCCAUGGGCUCCGUGAAGAAGUCUCUCUCUCGCCCUCAGGACACUGGGCCCUCCAAGGCCAGCAUCCACCAUGGGCUGCUGGCUCUAGGGGUGACCCAGAUAUUGCUGGGGCUUGUGAGCUGUGUUCUCGGAGUGUGUAUCUACUUUGGGCCCUGGACUGAGCUGCAUACCUUUGGCUAUGCCUUCUGGUCAGGGUCUGUGGCAGUUGUUGCCGGAACUGGCACCAUUGUCAAUGAGAAGCGACAUGGAAAACUAACUGGCCACAUAUCCUGCCUGCUUAUCCUGGCUUGCACGGCUACAGCUGUGGUUGCGACGGUUCUGGGUGUGAACAGCUUAAUCUGGCAAACGAGCGGUGCCUACCGGUACAAGAUCAGUUCCACAUGUGACUCCUUACAGACUAGCACGGACAGUGGGGAUGGGCUAGUGCGAUUCACUGACAACACAAGCUGGGAGACGGAGAGGUGCCGAGAGUACCUGGGCAUGAUGAUGAACGUGUUCCUAGCUCUGUGCACCAUGCUCACAGUUGUCUGUGUCCUGAAGAUCCUUGUGUCUUUGGCUUCCCUGGGACUGAGUCUCCGAAGUAUGUGUGGCCGGAGCUCCCAGGCCCUGGAUAAGGAAGAGGCAGAGAAGAAGCUUCUUGGGGGAGAUUCAACACCUCCCUCCCCAACCAAGGCAAUUCCUGUUAUUCUGUGAGCUGCUACGAAGACCCUGCCUGAGCCCACGAGUGUCCACGAGCAGAGGAAUCCAGGGAGGGCAGCGCCUGUUCCCAGGGCCUCUGCUGACCCCGCAGCACACAGCUACUUCUGAUGCGGCCACUGUCCAGCCCUCUUUCUCUCCCUCUCUCCCCACUGUCCUCACGCCAAUGUCUUUUGUUCCCUGAACAGAUAUUGUGUCAUUUUUUCCCAAUGCUAAUUAAGCAGAAAUAACCAGAAAAAAUAGCUUCUUGCGGAAA